GCUGCUGCCUGCUGGUCCGGCUGAUGUUUGAAAACUUCUGGCUGUCGUCUGCUGGAGUGGUCCCUGCAGCGUUACUGUAUAGGCCACCUGCUUGACGCCAAUGUACAACUGGUUGUUAUAUGAGCCUACAUAGCGAGGUUCCUCGUGCAUGUGGGAGUACUGAACUUCGCAAUUACUACGAUCUGGCUACCGCUUGUGAUGUUCCUGACGGCAAGAGCAGACAUUAUUGCAAUCCUGGCAUGCAAUGUGGACGCAGUAUUGCGGCUGGGCGGCGCCGCCAUCAGCUGGGCGGAGAGUUCGGAGGCGCCCCGCCAGGUGGCAGCACUACUCGCACUGGGCGCCGCUGCCUGCGCCGUCUACGUCACCGACUUCUGCUCCACCAUCCGAAAUGUCUUAGAUCGAUGCUGCUUGAAAGGCAGAAGACGUGUGAGAAUAGUGGACUGCCAGCAGAAAAACGAACUCGAACUCUCUCUGAAGUCAAUGCGAAGAACCUGUAUAAGAAAAUGAAAUAUAUUUCCUGAAAGCAAUAUGUCAUGUUA